AUGUCGACAGAUCACCCACCCCAGAUGUUAUUUUUCGAUACAUUUGGCACAGUAGUGUCAUGGCGUAUAUGCGUUACGGAAGAGCUGAGCGCAGCUGCCCUGCAUAUUGUGAACCAUCCCCAGGGCCUCCCAGCCGACUUGCGGGACCGCGCUGCAGCCAUGACCUGGGACAACUGGCUAGAAUUUGUUGCAGAAUGGCGGGAGUCCUACAAUAACUUUACCAGCACAUUUGAUCCAUCUAAAGAGUUUGUCUCGGUCGAUCAGCACCACUACAAUGCCCUUCAAGAACUCUUGCGACAGCGUGAUCUGGACGGCCUGUUCACUGACGAGAAGCUGUGGGAACUCUCUUUCGCCUGGCACCGGCUCAACCCGUGGUCAGAUAGUGUCCAAGGUUUGGAAUUGUUGAACCGUCGGUUUGCAACUGCCACCCUGUCAAAUGGGAAUGUCUCUUUACUACAGGAUCUCCAGCGACAUGGAUCACUGCCUUUCACGCAUCUUGUUAGUGCGGAAAAUUUCAAGGCUUACAAGCCUUCUCCGCUGGUUUAUAAUGGCGCUGCCAAGAUGUUUGGACUGGAACCAGGCCAAUGCGGACUGGUUGCGGCGCAUCUAGAAGAUUUGGAAGCUGCCAAGAGCUGUGGAUUUCAGACUAUCUAUGUGGAGCGUGAGCUGGAGGAAGAGUGGUCAAAGGAACAGGCUGCAAAAGCCAAGACUGAGGACUGGGUGGAUAUGUGGAUUGAUCUUGAGUCUGAUGGCUUCCGAGAAGUGGCUAGGCGAUUUGGGAUUGAGUAA